AUGGCUAUCAAAUGCUCGACAUGUCACCAACCAUUUGACCACUAUGAUCAACUUGUAUUACAUAUCCGUAAUGCAAAACAUUUACCAGGAAAACUAGAGAAUCAAAUAAAUAUUGAUUACCAGAAAGAGAUUGUAUGUCUUGCUCUGAGUUUUGAUAAAUUGCUGGUAACUGCUGCUUCUAAGAAUCCAUUGAAUAAUCAGAGUGCAAGUACUCCAUUGAGAAAUGUUGAAACCAACAAAACUAAUGCUGUGGGCAUCUUUCCAAACCACAAAAAUAAAUCGCGAAGCAAAAGAUCGAGGCCCAAUGGUAACAAUCGGGCCGGUGCUAAGUCUGCUGAUAAUGACACUGAUGAGUUUGUGAAAUCGUAUAUCAAGAAGUUUUUGCCAAACAGUAAACCAAAAAUCAAUUUUCAUUCAAUGACUGAAUACAGCCGUCACUUCACAACUUUAUCAUUUUUGCAGGAUAUUACUGAUAAUCCCAGAAAUAUUACAGAUAAAAAAGACUUUAAAAUCAUUUGGAAUGAAGAACAAGCCUUGAAAAACAAAGAGUAUCAAAUUAUUUUAACUAGCGAAAGUGAAUUGGUAAAGAAAAUGCAGGAUCCAGAUAUGCUUCACCUAGUAAGUAACCCGUUUAUUUAUGAGCUGACAAUAUUUAUGUUUAAUGAAAUUGGUCAACUCUGGGCUGGCUAUGUUUAUCGCGAUGAAACUAUCAAGGAUAAAAACACCCAAAUUAAUCACAUUAAUUUAACAAUUAAACUUUAUGAUUGGAAUGACAAACCAUUACCAAGGGGUCAAGAUACUUGUGGAUUAAAAAUCUAUCCUGCUUCAGUUCAAGUAACCAGAAUGUUGAAUGCCAUGCAUUGUUUUUCAAAUACGAUGCUAGAAAAUAUUAUUUUGGGGAAGAAUCCAAUUUAUAUGGAUAUCUACAAUAAUUCUACGGUGGACAAGCUUGAAAAUAAAAUGUUGAAUGAAUCACAAAGACGUGCAGUGUUUACUUCUUUAUAUAAUCCAGUCACAUUUUUGCAAGGACCACCUGGUACCGGGAAAACUUCUGCAAUCUAUGAAAUAGUGGUUCAAUUAUUGCAGUCAAACGAAUAUCCUAUUCUUGUUACUGCUGCAUCUAAUGUUUCUGUUGAUAAUAUUGCAGAAAAGUUAAUGAAGUCCCAUCCUGAAACUUUAAUAAGAAUUCCUGCUACUCAAAAGCUUGCAGAAUAUGAUAGGAAACAUCCAUUAGCAAGUAUUUGCUUGCAUCACAUGGUAUACGAUCUGUUGACCCCGGAACAACAAAGGAUUGCUGAUAGAUUGUAUCAUAAGGAUGUUGCUUCAAUAGAUAAGUGUGAGUUCGAUAGUUUUUGCAAUGCUCGAAAAAAGAAGUCUAUGGAAAUCCUUAGUGCCCAUAAGGUAAUUUUUGCAACAACCACAGUUGCUGGUGGUGGUCAGAUAAAAAGUUUACCUCAAGUCCGUGUCGUUCUUAUUGAUGAAGCAACACAAUCAGCUGAACCAGCUACUUUGAUUCCAUUAGCAUUACCUAGACUUAAAAAAGUUGUUGUUGUUGGUGACGAUAAACAAUUGAGUUGUUUGUCAGAAAUUAAAAGCCUCUCAAUGUCCAUGUUCGAAAGACUUUUGUUGAAUAAUACUUGCGCCAAUCCAUUAAUGUUAGAUACGCAGUAUCGAAUGCAUCCACAAAUAAGUGAAUUCCCAAGACUACAAUUUUGCAAAGGUAAAUUGACUGACGGUAUUAGUUCUAGUGAAAGGCAAGAAAUAGGAAUCACCCAUCCUUUAUAUUUUUGGGAUACUGAUGGAGAUGCCCCUGAAUCCCCUAUCCAAAAUAAAAAGAAAGCUGACAAGGGCUUCACAUAUGUAAAUCCUUUUGAAGUUGCAUAUGUUCAGCUGGUGUUACGUACUUUGAUCCAAGACAAAAAGAUAAAUCCAUCAAGAAUAGGAGUUAUAACAUCUUAUGCGGGCCAGCGUGAUGUCAUAUCAUCAAAUUUACUUCAGGAUCGUAUAAUUAAUCCAGAUGCAGAAAAAUUGAAACAAGAAGUAGAUCUUGUUAAUCAACGAGUCAGAUCAGCCAAGGGAGCUACAAUCAAUUUUGUUGCAGGUAUUAUGAUUGCAACGGUGGAUGCAUUUCAAGGAAGAGAGAAAGACAUUAUUGUAAUGUCUUGUGUCAGGUCAAAUGUGGAUGGUAGUAUUGGUUUCUUGAAAGAUGAAAGAAGAUUGAAUGUUUCUUUGACCAGAGCCAAAUAUAGUAUGAUCCUUAUUGGAGACGUUGAGUGUUUAAAGAGAAGAGGAAAAGUGUGGAGAAAUUACUUUGAAUUUUUAAAAACCAAAGGUGCAAUCCAUAAAGAAACAGAGUUUGUAUAUUAG